CUUGAUGUCUACUGCCUAGGUAAACAGCUUACUUGGUUUCGAGAAACAUGUCUAACACUGCUGCUGUCUUAAUAGGCAGCUCACUCGGUUUUGAGGCAGGUCCGUUGUUUGGGUCAUCGUGUGCUCUGAUCUCAAGCAGUUCACGCGGUGAUCUCCUCCAACCACAUCCUACGAAUCAGUGAGAGCGACUGCGAUCUUUCUUCUCCUUCUUUUACCACAGAUAUAGAUGAUUUAACGCCCUCCUCUUCUCUCUUCGUAUCUGUUUGAUGUAGCUAUAUCGUGCAUGUAUCCUAAAUAUAUUUUAGCUGCAUCUCAUGCAAUAAUGGCCCUCUUAUGAAUCAGAUAUAAGAGGACAUCGGAAGGACGUUUUUUUUUGACAUUACGGCAAAUGUUUUUGGUGGAUUUUAUUCAAACGGAGCGUGUCUGACCCGCACAAGUGGAGUUUCAACCUUCGAGGAGCAAAUAGACCCAGCGACAUUUGUGGACAUGAAGCCGACAUGCCUUUGUGUCCCCCUGGAGCGCAUCCUGUUGUUUUGAGGAUAGACAGCUGCAAUGAAGGAGUUGUGCAAACAAGCAUGAACACCAUGCCUUCGUUUUGGUGGUAAAUGAUAGUUCCAUGCUUUUUAAAUAUUAUGUAACUUAAUAAUGGACGAUUUCUAUAAAACAUGAGCCAACGAAUAUGGUUCCGUGGUUACAGUUUGAUGGUUUUCUAUGUCUGGGGUGUGUUAUGCGUUCUCCAGCAUAAGUGAUGUUUCUCCAAGAUCCAGCUGUCUCAUCAGUGGAGGACAUUUGAAUUACUAUAGCACUUUUGAUGCUUUAUUAAAGUUAUUGCUGGUUGGUUAAAUGACAACAUGCAUCUUGGAGUAGAGGAGCCCAUUAGGGAGUGUCAGUACAAUCAGAUCUGUACUCGUAACUCCUCACCCAUUGAGACCCCUCACACGACGAAGUGGAAGAUCAAAAGGAAAUGGCAGGUCUUUCCUGGCCGAAAUAAAUUCUACUGCAACGGCAGGAUUAUGAUGGCAAAGCAGACUGGGGUCUUCUACCUUACCAUGGUUCUCAUUCUGGUGACCAGUGGCCUCUUCUUUGCCUUUGACUGCCCAUUCCUGGCAUCAAACCUGACUCCUGCCAUCCCAGCCAUUGGAGGAGUGCUGUUCUUCUUUGUAAUGGGAAUGCUGCUCAGAGCGAGCUUCAGCGACCCAGGUGUCCUACCCAGGGCCACACCAGAGGAAGCGGCAGACAUAGAGAGGCAGAUAGAUGCUGCUAAUGGUCCAAGCGGUCCUGGCUAUAGACCGCCACCCAGAACCAGAGAGGUGGUCAUUAACGGUCAGACGGUCAAGCUGAAAUACUGCUUCACCUGCAAGAUUUUUAGACCCCCACGGGCAUCACACUGCAGCUUAUGUGACAAUUGCGUGGAGAGAUUCGAUCAUCACUGCCCGUGGGUGGGGAACUGCGUAGGGAGGAGGAACUAUCGCUUCUUCUACCUGUUCAUCCUCUCACUCUCCUUCCUCACUCUCUUUAUCUUCGCCUUUGUCAUCACACACGUAAUACUGAGAUCCAACAGGACUGGAUUUCUUAGUGCUCUCAAAGACAGCCCUGCCAGUGUUCUGGAAGUGGUGGUGUGCUUUUUUUCGGUCUGGUCCAUCGUUGGUCUGUCAGGGUUCCAUACCUACCUGAUCAGCUCCAAUCAAACCACCAACGAAGAUAUCAAAGGUUCAUGGUCAUCCAAACGAGGCAAAGGCAACUACAACCCCUACAGUCAUGGCAACUUCAUCACCAACUGCUGCUCUGCACUCUGCGGGCCUCUACCACCGAGUUUGAUUGACAGGAGAGGAUUUGUCCAACCCGACACCCCACAGCCUGCAGCCCAGACAAACGGCACCGGUGCUUGCCCCUCCAAUCAAGUCCAGAGUCAAAUGUGUGAUCAAAACCAAUGCAUUCAGAGCACCAAAUUCGUUUUGCAGGCCGCCACCAACCCGCUCCUCCACAGCCAGCCCAUCAUUUUGGGUGGAGGACCUGCCCUGCAGUCUAAGACCUCUCUGGGAGGCCCUUGUUCCACUCUAGGGCCCUCUCAGCCCUCGCUACCAUCCUCUAUCCCUGGCCUGAGCUGUGGGGGAGAGCUUUUGGCCCUGCGGGACUCAGAGAUCCACUGCCACCAUCACCUCCACCAUCAGCAUUUCAUCAGCCCGGAGGAAACGCCUUCCCCGCCUGCAGCGUUGCCCUGUGCCACCCACCUGGGUCACCACAUUCACCCGGCACAGCUCUUUGACCCAGUCAACCAGGACUCGCUUCAUGAAGACUCUGUGCGAGGUUUGGUGAAGCUCAGCUCGGUUUGAACUGGUUUCAAUGCUGAACUGGACAAAAAGACAUAUUUAACACGCAUACAGCAUCCUCUACUGGAAGUUAAUAAUACUUUGAUGGAAGCAGCAGCCCUUAACAACUUCUUGAGUACCAAGUGAAGGCCAAAUAUUGUCUUCCAACUCCAGGAUUACACAAGCAAGCUGUUCUCAAUAGUAGCUGCACUAAAAGUGGCUUUUGGAACCGUGAAUACCCACUUUUUCAGUCUUGGUUCCGGAAGUAUUUUUCCCAUACAUUUUCUUCAUAGACUUUUAAAACAAUCUUCAAUGAAGAGUUCUAAACCAUGAAACAAUCCAACCAGCUCUGAGAUGAAUCACAUUACAAAUUUUGAUUUAAAGCAAAAAUGUAUAUAAAAUUUUAAAAAGACAGGUACCAGACUGUGUGUUUAUAUUCUUUAAUGAGGGAAUGAACUACUCAUUUCACAAAGCAUUGUGAAUGACAUAAUCGAAUCAAAAAUGUCGGUACAAUACCACACCAUUGACUUAUGGUCAUUAAUGAUACAUACACACACACACAAUAUGUAUAUGUAAGUGUGGUAUAUCUAGGUGUGUGUUAAGUAAUUUUAAUGCACGACAUGGAGGUGAAGAACCACAUCCGCAAAGUGCAUUUGAAUGGUUUAGCACACACCUAUCCUUGGAUUAUCUCGCUUAUACCAUGGUCACUUGCCAGCAUUGCAAAAACCAAUGACAGCUGUAAAUAUUCAGUGCAAAUUUCGACUGGAAUAACAAAAAUGGCUAACUUUAUC